GUUCUGGACCAAAGGUCACUGUGUGCGUCAUCAUCCCGCGCCGACGCAGGAAGUGGCGACGCUCCUCGCGCGCGCCGGCCGCUGUUUCUUCUUUGGCUCCGGGACCGGCGGUGGCGGCAGCGGCGGCGGCGGCGCAGGGUGUUUUAACUCAAAUGGGUGAUGAAAAGGAUUCUUGGAAAGUGAAAACUUUAGAUGAAAUUCUUCAGGAAAAGAAACGAAGGAAGGAACAAGAGGAGAAGGCAGAGAUAAAACGCUUAAAAAAUUCUGAUGACCGGGACUCCAAGCGAGAUUCCCUUGAAGAGGGGGAGCUGAGAGACCACCGCAUGGAGAUCACAAUCAGGAACUCGCCGUACCGAAGAGAAGACUCCAUGGAAGACCGAGGAGAGGAGGAUGAUUCUUUGGCCAUCAAACCACCCCAGCAAAUGUCUCGGAAAGAAAAAGCUCAUCACAGGAAAGAUGAAAAGAGAAAAGAGAAACGUAGGCAUCGUAGCCAUUCAACAGAAGGGGGGAAGCACGCUAGAGUGAAAGAAAAAGAAAGGGAGCACGAACGUCGGAAACGACAUCGAGAAGAACAGGACAAAGCUCGCAGGGAAUGGGAAAGACAGAAGAGGAGAGAGAUGGCAAGGGAGCAUUCCAGGAGGGAGAGGGACCGCCUAGAACAGCUGGAACGAAAGCGAGAGCGAGAGCGCAAGAUGCGGGAGCAGCAGAAGGAGCAGCGGGAGCAGAAGGAGCGGGAACGGCGGGCCGAGGAGCGGCGCAAAGAGCGCGAGGCCCGCCGGGAAGUGUCUGCACAUCACCGAACAAUGAGAGAGGACUACAGUGACAAGAUAAAAGCCAGCCACUGGAGCCGUAGUCCACUGCGGCCGCCCAGAGAGCGCUUUGAUCUCGGAGACACCCGGAAGUCAGGUGAGCCCAGGCCAGUGCCCGCUCAGAGGCCAGCACAGUUUAAAGAAGAGAAGAUGGAAGAACGCGACCUGCUGUCCGAUUUACAGGACAUCAGUGACAGUGAGAGGAAAACCAGCUCAGCUGAGUCCUCAUCAGCAGAAUCAGGGUCGGGCUCUGAGGAGGAAGAGGAGGAAGAGGAGGAGGAGGAGGGCAGCACCAGUGAAGAGUCGGAGGAGGAGGAGGAAGAGGAGGAGGAGGAAGAGGAGGAGGAAGAGACCGGGAGCAACUCCGAGGAGGCAUCUGAACAGUCUGCGGAGGAAGUGAGUGAAGAAGAAAUGAGUGAAGACGAAGAGCGAGAGGAUGAAAACCGCCUCCUGGCUGUUCCAGAGUCACGAUUUGACCGAGAUUCCGGUGAAAGUGAAGAAGGGGAAGAAGAAGUGGGUGAGGGGACCCCGCAGAGCAGCGCCCUGACCGAGGGGGACUACGUGCCUGACUCCCCAGCCUUGUCGCCCAUCGAGCUCAAGCAGGAGCUGCCCAAGUACUUGCCGGCCCUGCAGGGCUGCCGGAGUGUGGAGGAGUUCCAGUGCCUGAACAGGAUCGAGGAAGGCACCUAUGGGGUGGUGUACAGAGCAAAGGACAAGAAGACAGAUGAGAUUGUGGCUCUGAAGCGGCUGAAGAUGGAGAAGGAGAAGGAGGGCUUCCCCAUCACGUCGCUGCGCGAGAUCAACACCAUUCUCAAGGCCCAGCACCCCAACAUUGUCACCGUCAGGGAGAUCGUGGUGGGCAGCAACAUGGACAAGAUCUACAUCGUGAUGAACUACGUGGAGCACGACCUCAAAAGCCUCAUGGAGACCAUGAAGCAGCCCUUCCUGCCAGGUGAGGUGAAGACCCUGAUGAUCCAGCUGCUGCGAGGGGUGAAGCACCUGCAUGACAACUGGAUCCUGCACCGAGACCUCAAGACCUCCAACCUGCUGCUUAGCCACGCCGGCAUCCUCAAGGUGGGCGACUUUGGGCUCGCGCGGGAGUACGGAUCUCCUCUGAAGGCCUACACCCCGGUCGUGGUGACCCUGUGGUACCGGGCCCCGGAGCUCCUCUUGGGUGCCAAGGAGUACUCCACGGCUGUGGACAUGUGGUCGGUGGGUUGCAUCUUCGGGGAGCUGCUGACCCAGAAGCCCCUAUUCCCCGGGAAGUCGGAGAUUGACCAGAUCAACAAAGUGUUUAAGGACCUGGGGACCCCCAGUGAGAAGAUCUGGCCUGGCUACAAUGACCUGCCAGCAGUCAAGAAGAUGGCCUUCAGCGAGUAUCCCUACAACAAUCUGCGCAAGCGCUUUGGGGCCCUGCUUUCAGACCAGGGGUUCGACCUCAUGAACAAGUUCCUGACCUACUUCCCCGGGAGGAGGAUCAGCGCUGAGGACGGCCUAAAGCACGAGUAUUUCCGCGAGACGCCCCUGCCCAUCGAUCCCGCCAUGUUCCCCACGUGGCCUGCCAAGAGCGAGCAGCAGAGGGUGAAGCGCGGAACCAGCCCGCGGCCCCCCGAGGGCGGCCUGGGCUACAGCCAGCUGGGUGACGAUGACUUGAAGGAGACCGGCUUCCACCUCACGACCACCAACCAGGGGGCCUCGGCUGCAGGCCCUGGCUUCAGCCUGAAGUUCUGAAGAUCACAGUGGCCGCAGGCCAGCCCACGCCCCGGGGGGAUUCGCCCAACUGCAGACUGCUGUGGCUGCUGGAGCUGUCUUGAGCCUCUCAGCUCCUCGUCGUUGUUCUGUUUUGUUUUUUGUUAUUUUGGUUUGUAAAUUUGUUGAAUGAAAUCACAUGUCCUUGUUGUGGAAGAACAGGCUGAAACCAGACACGCCCCACGUGUCCAGCAAGGAGAGAGCAUGUCUGGUGCGCCCCGCGCACGUGUGCGUGGGCAGGCCGAGAUUUGGGAAGGAGCUAGGGGGUCUUUAAUUUUCAGACUGGAGACCCGGUUCUGCGCUGGACAGGCGAUGCCUUCCUGCUGUCACCCGGAUGUCCAGACCAGCUCUGUCCCCACUGACAGGCCCAGACCUGGAAACAGCAGCCUCAGGUUCAGUGGGCUAUUUUUAUAUAUGAGGUUGUUUCAAGUUUUCAAAUGGAAUAAAAUAUUCUUGGAGGAAA